AUGGCCAUUUCCAAAGCUCCAAUGUUCUUCCAAUUCUGGUACUCCUUUCUCUUCCUUGUCUCACUCCAAAGCCAUAAGAUCUUGUGCAGCAUUUACCAAGUAGGGGAUUUGGAUGCUUGGAACAUCCCCUCUCACUCAAAUCCCCAAGUCUACACCAAAUGGUCCAAACUCCACACCCUCAAUAUUGGAGACUCUCUCUUUUUCCUCUACCCUCCAAGCCAAGAUUCAGUGAUCCAAGUGACAGGGGAUUCCUACAACAGCUGCAACCUUAAAGAUCCAAUCUUGCUGAUGGAUGAUGGCAACUCACUCUUCAAUCUCACCAAGCCUGGCCACUUUUAUUUCAUCAGUGGGGUUGAGGGCCAUUGCCAGAAAUCUCAGAAGCUCCACAUCUCUGUACUCUAUGGAAAUGGAUCAGCUGUGGGAUCAGCAGCAGAUGGCCCAGCUGCUGCCCCAUCUUAUCCCACUGUUUUUGGAUCCAUUCCUGCACAGUCUUCUCCUUCUUCCUCUGAUUCUCCAUUUCUGAAGAUGCCCCUUUGCUUCAUGUCUGUUGCAGCUGCUGUGAUUUUGGCUUUCUUGGUUGCUGUGUAGGUCUGUGGUAAAAAAAAAAAAAAAGUAACGGCUAUGGAUUUUGAGCAUUGUUUAUUUGAUUGUGUCAUGAGAGAUUACUCGAUUACCUUGAAAUAGGAUCGAAGCAUUUGUUUUGUCGGCAAGAAAAAAAGAAUCCAUUUUUAUACAUACAUAAAUUUCCCCUUUUUUACAUUCAA